AGAGAGAGGGAGCCGGCGCCGGAGAUACACACACACACACACACACACACACAGAGAUGGUUGUUCCCGGGGCAUUGUCUACGGCGGAGAAGCUCCGGAAAGACGGCAACUCCUACUUCAAGAAGGAUCGUUUCGCGGCCGCCAUCGAUGCCUACACUGAGGCAAUCACGCUGUGCCCUAAUGUCCCUGUUUAUCUCACGAAUCGCGCUCUGUGUCAUCUCAAGCGUAAUGAUUGGACCAGAGUGGAAGAAGAUUCCAGAAAAGCUAUUCAGCUAGACAGUAAUUGCGUCAAGGCCCACUAUAUGCUGGGGCUUGCAUUACUACAGAAGCAAGAGUAUCCUGAAGGAGUUAAGGAAUUGGAGAGGGCUUUGGAUCUUGGGAGAGGUGCUGAUCCUAAGGGUUAUAUGGUAGAGGAGAUAUGGCAGGAGCUUGCAAAGGCAAAAUACAUGGAGUGGGAAGAGGCAUCGAGUAAACGUGCAUGGGAAUUGCAAAGCUUGAAAGAAGCUUGUGAAACUGCACUCAAAGAGAAACAUGAUGCUUUUCAGAUGGAAGGGUUUCUGGAUGAAGCUGGUACUACCCAUAUGAGACAGUUAGAGGCUUUAGAUAGAGUGUUUGAGAAAGCUGCAGAAGCCGACACAGCAAGUGAGGUGCCAGAUUAUCUAUGUUGUAAAAUCACUCUUGAUAUAUUUCGUGAUCCUGUAAUUACACCAAGUGGUGUCACAUAUGAGAGAUCAGUGAUCCUGAACCAUCUUGAGAAGGUGGGUAAUUUUGAUCCUAUCACUCGUGAGCCAGUCGAUCCAUCACAGCUAAUACCAAAUUUUGCCAUAAAAGAAGCAGUGGAAGCGUAUUUGAAAGAACAUGGUUGGGCCUAUAGAACGUGGUAAAGGUUUGCUUCUUGCUCUUUGGAACUUAGAAAUUCCAUAGUUGUGCUAAAACAUGUAAUGGAAUACACUUGUGUGUCAGAGAGCAGUGGAAAGUCCUAUCCUUUCGAAUUGUAGAUAUUCUAUUGUCAGAGUCAUCGACUUGCUGCUUGUGUAGAUUGUGUCCUGAACUUUUGCACACUAGUGUGUAGUGUUUAGCAGUACAAGCCGACAGUGCCUUGUGGAUUGUAAAAGCACCUAAUACGUGCUCU